GGUCCUUCCUGCUCUGCAAACAGCCUGAGUCAUUUUAAGGCAAGGAAACACCCCCUUGCUGCUGCAGGCGGGGCAUAGUUUGAAUUCAGGAAUUUGAAACAAAGACUGUUACAAACCGCCCAGAGGGAGCCAUGGCUGCAGAGAACCCCGUGGAAAGUCUCCAGGAGGAAGCGACAUGUCCCGUCUGUCUGGAGUAUUUCACAGAACCUGUCACUGUGGAGUGUGGGCACAAUUUCUGCCGAGCCUGCAUUGCCCAGUGCUGGGAGGGAUCCGAUACAGCCACCUCCUGCCCUCAGUGCAGAGAAACUGUGCAACAGAGAAACCUCAGGCCCAACAGGCAGCUGACAAACAUGGUAGAAAUCACCAAGCGACUGAGUUUACAAGCAGCAAAGGGAGCAGGAGGGGACGGGGUUUGUGGGGAGCACCAGGAGACUCUGAAACUGUUCUGUGAAGAGGAUCAAACCCCCAUCUGUGUGGUGUGCGACAGAUCCCGGGCUCACCGCGCUCACACGGUGGUUCCCAUCCAGGAGGCUGCCCAGGAGUAUGAGGAAAGAAUCCAGGCCCAUUUGAAGACUCUGAGGGAAGAGAGAGAAAAGCUGCUGGGAUUGAAAGCGACUGGAGAGAGGAAUUGCCGAGAAUAUCUGAAACAAACACAAACCGAAAAGCAGAAGAUUGUGUCUGAAUUUCAGCAACUGCGGCAGUUCCUGAAGGAACAAGAGCGACUCCUGCUGGCCCAGCUGGAGAAGCUGGACGAGGAGAUUGUGAGGAUCCAGAAUGAAAAUGUCCGUAAACUCUCCGAGCAGAUUUCCCAUCUCAGUGAGCUGAUCAGUGAGAUGGAGGGGAAGUGUCAGAAGCCAGCGAGUGAAUUCCUGCAGGAUAUUAGAUGCACCUUGAGCAGGUGUGAGAAGAGGAAGUUCCAGCAGCCAGAGGAGAUUUCUCCUGAACUGGAAGAGCGAAUCAAUGGUUUCUCUCAGAAAACGAUUGUGCUAUUGGAGACUCUGGGGAAGUUCAAAGACAUUCUGCCAUCUGCACUAGAGACAGAAAGAGGAGGAUCCCUAGGAACAUUCAGACAGGUGAAUGUGACUCUGGAUCCAGAUACGGCUCAUCCCGAACUCAUCCUGUCUGAGGAUUGGAAAAGUGUGAGACGGGGAGACAAACGCCAGGAUCUGCCCAACAAACCUGAGAGAUUUGACAAUGAUCGCUGGGUGCUGGGCUGUGAGGGAUUCACCUCGGGGAGACAUUGCUGGGAGGUGGAGGUGGGGGGUCGGAGAGACUGGGCUGUGGGGGUGGCCAUAGCGUCUGUGAGCAGGAAGGAACAGAUCAGCCCUAGUCCUGGUUGGGGGAUCUGGGCUGUGGAGCGGCACUGGCUGGGUCAGUUCCAGGCUCUCACCUCCCCUGUGACCCCCCUGCCCCUGAGCCGGGCCCCCAGCAGGAUCCGGGUUUGUCUGGACUGUGAGCGGGGGCAGGUGACAUUUAUCGAUGCUGGUGACGAGGCCCCGAUCUUCACUUUCCCGCCAGGCUCCGUCCGUGGGGAUAGAAUCCGACCCUGGUUCUGGGUGCUGGGGGUAGGGUCCCAGCUCAGGCUGUGUCCCUGAGAUGGGGUGAAAUAUCCCACUGAGGGCCCUGAAAUCAGCCUUUCUAGCCUCACACGCCCUGGUCUCUAUGACCUUGGAGGACUCCUGUCUACCCAACCCCUGGCUCCUCAUCUCUAUGACCUAUGGAAGCCCCUUCCCUGCAGCCUCAGGGAUGGAAGCAGGAGGGGUGAAGAACCCCUGGGAUUGCAGGGGGGGCAGAGGGGCCCUGAGGGGCAGAGGUGGGGGCUGGGCAGGGUGUAGCACUAACAGCUGGGCUCGGCACAGGUGGAGAUGCGGGUGGCAGGGACACAGAAUGAAUCAAUCAGGGUUGGGGAGAAGCAGCAGGGAGCGGUUUGUACAGAUCUGUCCUUAGAUCUCAUUGGGGUCUCCCAGCCAGAGCUCCUGCCGCAGGGACCCAAGUCACCAUCCCCUGUAACUACAGGACAGCUGGUAACCCUGUAACUGUCACAAAAGGGCGGGGGGAGGGUGAGAUGGGUGCAGAUUGACAAAAAAGAAGUUGACACAAUUUUUUAAGGUUAAUAAUCUCGUGAUUUAUUUGUUUUUUAACUCCUGAGGUUGGCAGCACUGGGGGAGGCAGGGACAGGGCGGGUUUAACCAGAGGGAAUUAGAAGAAGCAAGAAGAAAAAUGUGAAUGAAAAUAAAACAAGAAUAAAGGGAGAGUCCAGGAGAAAUGGUGCAAAAUAGAAAUGAGAAGAGUGACAGGAAAAUAUCCCCGAUGGGAUUGGGGAAUGAGCCGUUCUGCAAGAGGGGAAAGGGUAAAAGCAGAGAAAAGAAUGGAGCAGCCAUGGGGGAUGAUCUGUGGGAGGGAGGAGAGGAUAGUGGGAGAGGAAAACAAACAGGGCUGGGAAGUGAGGGCCACAAAAAUGCUGAGUAGAAAUUGGUGGUAUGAAAGUAAAGGGAGAAGGAAAGGGAAUAUGAGAGGGACAGAGGGAUUUAUUACACGUUACUGAAAGAGAGACUGUAACUCAUUAAUUCCCUAUAUUAAUUCCUGAGCAACUGUACUGUUGUUGUGCCAUUAAGAAAACUGUUCUUGGUAGCUGGGGAUCUCCGUUCUAUGCUGUGAUUAUUAGUUAGGUUGGGACAAAGCUGUUUGGUGAGAAAGUUGGCAACCCUAAUUCUGUAAAUUAAACAAUAAAAACAGUUCUUGUUUGUUCCA